AUGUCUAUGAUCACAACGGCAACAUGGGCACCGCGAGGAUUCGCGGCGCCUUUCCCACAAAAGUACGACUUUGACGAGGAAGAAUUCGAGCGCAUCGCCUCGUUGGCUAAGCUCAACUUGGAUGAUGCGAACGAUGAUCUCGAGGAGGCGAGAGCAAAGGAGGAAAAGGGAAGCUCAGAUACGGAGGACUCAAAGAAGGCCUCUGACGCAAUCAAGGAUGACAUUGAAAUUGAUGACGACCUGAAAGAGUACGACCUCGAGCAUUAUGACGACGACCCAGAGGAGGACAUAGAAGUUGCGCAGAGCAUGGGCAUGUUCGGCAACGUCAAAUCACUUGCAUACUACGAAAACAACAAGGCGGACCCCUACAUCACGAUACCAGACGAGGUAGACGACAACGAGGAACGAGAAGAGCUACAAAUCCUUGCGACAGACAACCUGGUGCUCGCUGCGAAGGUCGAGGACGAAUUGGCACAUCUGGAGGUCUACGUAUACGAAGAUGAUUCCGACAAUCUCUACGUACAUCACGACAUCAUGCUUCCUGCCAUACCCCUGUGUGUCGAGUGGCUAGACAUCGCCUGCGGAAAGUCAAGUGUCGACAAGGAUGCGACAGCCAACUUUGUGGCUGUUGGCACCAUGGAUCCCGAUAUUGAGCUAUGGGACCUUGACACAGUGGACUGCAUGUACCCGAAUGCAAUCCUGGGACAAGGAGGCAACCCCGAGGAUGAAAAGAAGAAGAAGAAAAAGAAGAAGUCGAAGAAGGCGAAUGACGAAUAUCAUGUCGACGCAGUGCUGUCGCUUGCAGCGAAUAGAAAACACAGGAACCUGCUGGCUUCCGCCUCUGCUGACAAGACUGUCAAGCUAUGGGACCUUCACACGGCAAAGUGCGCCAAGUCUUACACCUACCACACGGACAAGGUCUGCUCUCUCGCAUGGCAUUCCGUCGAAUCUACGGUCCUCCUGAGUGGCAGCUACGACCGCACCAUCGUCGCGGCAGACAUGCGAGCGCCAGAUGCAAAGCCAUCCAGGUGGGGUGUUGAGAGCGAUGUCGAGAAUGUGCGGUGGGACCCGCACGACCCAAACUUCUUCUUCGUAUCUACCGAGAACGGUGUUGUCCACUACUACGACAUCAGGAACGCGCCUUCAGAUCCGGCCAAGAGCAAAGCAGUAUGGACACUACAGGCACACGACCAGUCCGUUUCGUCAUUUGACCUGAACAGCGCAAUACCCGGGUUCAUGGUGACAGGGUCUACAGACAAGACGGUCAAGCUCUGGAAUAUAACAUCCACGGGUCCUUCAUUGGUAGUGUCCCGUGACCUUGAUGUUGGAAAGGUCUUCUCCACGGCAUUUGGGCCUGAUCCAGAGGUCGCUUUCCGGCUAGCAGUGGCGGGCAGCAAAGGCACAAUGCACAUCUGGGACACCAGUACGAACGUGACAGUGCGUCGUGCGUUCGCUGGCAAACUUCCUGAUGUGAAACCGGACGAAGAGAUCAAGGAGAGGCUGGUUGGUAUUGCUAAUGAUGAGAGCGACUCUGAUGAUGACGAUGAAGAGGAGGAAGAGGAGGGUGAGGGCGAGGGGGACGGAGAUGAAUCCAUGGAUGAUGAUUAG